CAAAAUGAUAAAAUGAAAACAAAACAACAAAUAAGCAGCAAUUACAACAACAACUACAACAACAACAGCGAUACCAUUAACAGUUACAAUCAUAGCCGCGCAAUCUGUGUUUGUGUGCUUGUGUGUGUUUGAGUGCCAAAAAAGAAGAGCGAGUCGCAACAACGCACAAAACAAACAAAUAAAUAAACAAAUUCAACGACAACAAUAGCAACAACAAACAACUGAAACAACACCAGACACCAGAGAACCACAAAAAAAAAAAAAAAAAAAACUCGGCGAAAUUCGGCGUUUAAAAUACGUACAUAAAAAAUGUAAUGGAAAGCAUUAGUACUCAUAAAAAAUGGAUUUACACAGCCUUUUUAAGGUUGCCUUGAUCCUGUACAUCAUACGAGCUGAGACCAGCUAUAUAGUUAAUGGUUUGGAUCUGCAGGGACCGAUAUUCCUACACGAGCCGCCGCAUCGCGUCGAGUUUUCCAACAAUUCGGGCGGACUCAUAGAAUGCUCUGGUCAUGGCAGCCCACCGCCCGAGGUGGAGUGGACGCCAAUACCGCCACAGCAGGAUAUGGUGUUUCAGCUGUCAAACGGCAGCAUGAUGUUUUAUCCCUUUACUGCCGAGAAGUAUCGCCACGAGGUGCAUGCCACCGUCUACAGAUGCAAGCUGCGCAACAUGGUGGGCACUGUGCUCAGUCGGGAGGUUCAUGUCCGCGGCGUUGUCAACCAAAAGUACACGGUGCAGGUGCACGACGAAUACGUGAUGACCGGCAACACGGCGGUGCUGAAAUGUCAGGUGCCGAGCUACAUGUCGGAAUUUGUAAUGGUCACCGCCUGGGUGCAGGACACUGGCAUGCAUCUGUAUCCAAACACGGACAUCGGCGGCAAGUACACGGUCCUAUCGAAUGGCGAAUUGUACAUAAAUAAUGCGGGGCCCAAUGAUGCGUACAAAAGCUACACAUGCCGCACUGUAAAUAGACUGACAGGUGAAAUACAAAUUUCAACGUAUCCCGGCCGCAUUAUUGUAACCGAGCCCAAGGGCAUGGUUCAGCCGCGUAUUAACGUUGAGAAGCAUUCGAUGCGGCAUGUCGUCCUUAAUGGCCAAACAACGUUGCCGUGCAUUGCUCAAGGACAUCCGGUACCAACAUAUCGCUGGUUCAAGGAGGAGAAUGAGCAGCUGCUGCCGUUGCAGUUGAGUGAACGCAUUACCAUUGUAUCUGCAGGUCUGCUCAAAAUCACCAAGGCGCGUCUCGAGGACAGUGGCAAAUAUCUGUGCUGGGUAAACAACACAGCAGGCGAGGAGACAAUUCAAGUGUCGCUCACGGUGACAGCUCCGCUGACAGCACAUCUGCAGCCGCAGGUGCAGACCGUUGAUGUGGACAAGGAUGCGCAAUUCCAAUGCAUUGUCUCUGGCCAUCCGGUGCACGAUGUCAACUGGCUGCACGAUGGCAAGCCCAUACUACGCGACAAUCGAGUCGAGAUACUGACUGAUCCAGCGCGUUUAAUCAUUAAGAAGGUGCAAAAAGAUGAUCCGGGCAUGUAUCAGUGCUUUGUGUCCAAUGAAUGGGAGCAAAUCCAAUCAACAGCUGAGCUGCAAUUAGGCGAUGCGUCGCCGGAACUGCUUUAUUGGUUUUCGGAGCAAACACUGCAGCCAGGUCCAACGGUAUCAUUGAAAUGCGUUGCCACCGGAAAUCCACUGCCGCAAUUUACAUGGUCUUUGGACGGAUUUCCGAUACCAGACAGCUCCCGCUUUUUAGUGGGUCAAUAUGUUACCAUACACGACGAUGUCAUCAGCCAUGUAAAUAUUUCAAAUGUCAAGGAGGAGGAUGGUGGCGAAUACACCUGCACGGCCCAGAAUGCAAUUGGCAAGACCUCGCAUAGCGCUAAAGUGAACAUCUAUGGAUUGCCUUACAUACGGGAAAUGCCAAAAAUAACGGGCAUCUCUGGCUCUGAUUUGAUUGUUAAAUGUCCUGUGGCUGGUUAUCCCAUCGAUAAAAUACACUGGGAGCGGGAUGGGCAAACGUUGCCCAUAAAUCGACGACAGCGGGCCUACAACAAUGGUACCUUAAUUAUCGAGCAACUGCAGCGGCUGGAGGAUGCGGGCACGUACACGUGCAUGGCCCAGAAUAAACAGAAGCAGACGUCGCGUCGCAACGUAGAAAUACAAGUGUUGGUACCGCCAAAAAUCAUGCCCAUCCAGGCCAUGACGAAUAUGUUGCGCGAGGGCAUGCGGGCGGCCAUCUCCUGCCAGAUUCUCGAGGGCGAUUUACCGGUCAGCUUUCGCUGGGAGCGCAAUGGCAAACCGCUCAUAGGCACAGGCAAUGAGGUCGUGCGUCGACUUGAUGAGUAUUCCGCCAGUCUGGUCAUCGAACACAUUGCAUCGGAUCAUUCCGGUAACUACACAUGCAUUGCCAGCAACGUGGCCGGCACUGAGAGAUUCACAGUGCCGCUGACGGUGAAUGUGCCACCCAAAUGGAUACUGGAACCAAAGGAUUCUAGCGCUCAGUCUGGCACAGAUGUGCUGGUUCACUGCCAAUCGGCUGGCUAUCCCAAGCCGACGAUUACCUGGAAGAAGGCCAUUGGACCAACGCCGGGCGAGUAUAAGGACUUUCUGUAUGAGCCCACGGUUCAACUGUUUCCCAAUGGAACCAUCUACUUUAAGAAGAUCAGCAAGGACUCGCAAGGACAUUUUCUGUGCGAGGCCAAAAACAACAUUGGCUCCGGUGUCAGUAAAGUGAUUUUCCUGAAAGUCAAUGUGCCCGCACAUUUUCCAACGAAAACGAAACAAAUCUCUGUGGCAAAAGGCAAGCAGGUCCAUGUGCAGUGCAACGUGCAGGGCGACAAUCCAAUUGACUUCAAAUGGAAGAUUCAGGCAACGCAACAGUAUCUUGAUGAGUCGCUCGAUUCACGCUACACAAUAAGAGAUCAAGUGCUCGACGACGGCAUGGUCUCCGAAUUGGGCAUUUCGCAUACAUAUCGCCAGGAUACUGGUAUUUAUAUCUGUCAGGCCAGCAAUGCAUUUGGACAGGAUGAGAUGUCCAUCCAGCUCAUCGUUCAGGAGGUGCCGGAGCAGCCAAAGAAUCUACGAAUCAAUUCGCAGCAAUCGCGGAGCCUGCAACUUACAUGGAGUCAACCCUUUGCUGGCAAUAGUCCAAUCGAGCAGUAUCACAUCUACUACAAGCAAAUCUCAGACAUUUGGCAGAAUGCCGAGCAUAUUGACAUCAGCGGAGCCCAGACAGUGGUCAAUAUACAGCAACUACGGCCGGCGAAAGCCUAUCACAUUCGCAUGUCGGCGGAGAAUAAGCUGGGGGCCUCCGAGUUCUCGGAGGUGGUGCAAGUAACAACGCUGGAGGAGGUGCCAUCGGGUCCGCCGCUGACAGUGCGUGCGGAGGCCAAGAGCUCAACAGAGAUAUCGGUGACAUGGGACGCACCGGAACGUGACCAUUGGAACGGCAUUCUGCUUGGCUACUAUGUGGGCUAUCAGAUGUCGUUAACGCCCGAGGACAAGGAAGUGAAUCCCACACAGGGCUUUAGCUUCAAAACGGUCGAGGUGCGCUCACAUUUCGGUGGCGAGACGGUGCUCAGCAAUCUCAACAAGUUCACCCAAUACCAUGUGAUUGUGCAGGCCUACACCAGCCAGGGCAGCGGGCCGCCGAGCAAGGAAAUUGCAGUGCAAACAAUGGAGGAUGUGCCCUCGUCGCCGCCAGAAUCGCCGCAAUGCGAUGUGCUUGGCUCCACAUCGAUUUAUAUCACCUGGUCACCGCCGGAUAUUGACGGACAAAAUGGCAAAAUCAAGGGCUACAAAGUGUUUUACAUAUCGGUCGAUGAGCUUUACGAAACCGAUCCGGAGGUUGUCAAGUCAACAAAUCAAUACGUCACCAUUGAGAAUCUGCGCAAAUAUACAAACUAUACGGUCUGGGUUUUGGCUUACACCAAAGUGGGCGACGGGAUGAAAACCAAACCAUUUUAUUGCCGCACCCAUGAGGAUGUGCCCUCGGCGCCGCAAGCAAUCAAGGCAAUACCCGCAUCGAGCACGAAAAUCAUCAUAUCGUGGCUGCCACCAGACCUGCCCAAUGGAGACAUCACCGGCUACACCUUCUACAUGUCCAUGCUAGAAGGCGGACGCGAGGAAGGCACGCACAAGCGUCUUCUGGGUCCCUACGUGGAAAUGCAUGAGACGGUGCGCACCCAGGAAUCGGCCACUUAUCAGUUCUGGCUCACCGCCUCCACCAAGAUGGGCGAGGGUGAAAAGACGCAAGUGGUAACUGUGCCGCCUAAUAACAAAGUUCCCGCUCGAAUUGUCUCAUUCAGUCAGCGGAUUAUCACGCCCUGGAAAGAGCAUCUGGAGCUGCCUUGUCGUAAGGUAGGCGCUCCAGCUCCUGUGACCAUUUGGCGACAGGAUGGGCACAACAUGGAAACAAGUGCUCGCAAAACGAUUGCCAAGAACGGCACACUCUAUAUGCGCGAGUGUCAGGCCAGCGAUGCUGGUAAUUACACCUGCAGCGUGGAGAACACCUGGGGCAAGGACGAGAUUGUCUACAACAUUGUGGUAAAGGUGCCGCCAGAAGCGCCCAAUUUGACUGUGGUGAAUACGUACACGGAUAGCCUGCAUUUAGAGUGGCUAGACAAUAGUCAUGGCGGCAGUCCGAUUCUCGGAUAUGUUAUAAACUACAAGCGCGACAAUGGCGACUGGGAAGAGCUGCAAGUGGAUGCCAAGACAAAUUCACACUUGCUUAGCAAUCUGUGGUGCGGCACACGCUAUCAACUGUACAUCACAGCGUAUAAUAAGAUUGGCACUGGUCUGCCCUGCGACAUUGUCAACUCAUAUACCAAAGGGAAUCCUCCAGUGCAGCCAAAGCAUUCGCAGAUGAUCACUAACAACUCGACGAGCGUUACCUGCUGGCUGGACUCGUGGGGUGAUGGUGGCUGCGGCAUACUCUACUUUAUGAUCGAGUCUCGAGUGUAUGGUCGUUCCGCCUGGAACGUCGUCUCCAACCAUAUUGCGCCCACAGAGCGCAUCUACACGGUCAGCGAUCUGGUCCCAGGCACCAAGUAUCAGCUCAAGGUGACGGCUCACAAUAAUGCCGGCUCCACGACAUCCGUAUACAAUUUUACCACACUAUCGCCACAGGGUGUUCUUUAUAAUAAUGACCGCUCCACACCGGACUCCCACCUGAGCGAGCUGCCCUUCUAUGCCAACUUUAAGCUGUUGCUGCCUAUAUGCAUUUCGCUGCUGAUGCUGCUCGCUUUGAUUGCCGCUGCUCUUUUUCUUCGUAAACGUAAAUUAAACAACCAGGCGCGUCUUGCCAGCUCCUCAAUGUCGGAGUCUCCCUCUCUGGCUAAUCUGCAGAACAAACAGAAUCGGGAUCAACAAUAUCUGGCUGUGCGCUGCAAUCCAUCGAAUUCGGCGCCGCGCGGCUCUAACUCUAAUGAUUCGGGUAGCUUUGGCAAGGCCGAGGGCAACGAGUAUAUCGAGGACAUUUGUCCCUACGCCACAUUCCAGCUAAACAAGCAGACGUACAGCGAGAGCUCCUACAGCGGCAACGUGUAUAGCGGUCCCUAUCACUCGGUUCGUGGCUCCUUUGUCUAUCACGAUGUCAAGCCUGAGAGCUAUCAUGUGAGUGCAUCCAAGGAACCGGAGUAUACGAAGGUGCGGCGAAAAGUCGGCCGUCUACGUGAUCCACACUCAGAGAGCCAAGAAUCGGACAAUCCAGGUUCAACAGAUUCCGAAGUUAGGAAAAUCCUAACGCUUCACAUACCAAUUACAGAAUAUGACACACUCGGCUCCGAGUCCGACAAUGAUGUGUCUGCACGCGCUCUAAACUCGGCCAAAUAUCGCGCCCAACGUGAUACACAAGAUGAGACCUCAUCCUCAUCGGAGACGACACCCACUAGCAUGACCCGCAAAUCGAAGCCGCCGUUUGCCACCCGAAAGUCAGGCAAGCCAGGCACAAGUGGCAAACGCCAUGUUCGCAGUUCCAGUGGCUAUUCGAGCCACAAUGAAGAGACUACUUUUAGCAUAUCCAACUAUCCACCAAACUAUCAGGACCAUAUAAAUCCACCAGCACGUUUUUCGGAUGCCAACGACAAGACGAAGACACAAACGUCGCCACGUAUGCGUGCCAAUCAGAAACUACAGCGGGAAGCAUUCCAAAUUAAUGUCUAAAAUACAGAUAUAUAUACAUAUAAUUAAAAACAACUUAUCACAUAAUUUUUAAAUCAAUAUGAAUACACGAAAUUAAACAAAUGAAAACUGUUGACUACAAAUCGAUAAAUAUUUGAACAAAAUUGUAAAAUUUGUUGUAAAAUCCACCCAGAACAAAAAAAGAAUUGAAAUGAAAAUCACAUGAUAUUGGUGAGCAAUUUAAAACACAGAUAAGGUACACAAACACAUACACACACUGAGCCACACAAUGUACUUCAAACUAGAGCUGCAUUUCUUAACAAAAUGAAUUGUUAAUAACGAGCUAAUACUAAUUGAAUAAAUAUUGAAGAAAUAAGGCCAUAAAAUUAAACUAUUUACAACAACAAAUACGAGUAAAAUGAACUUUUUCGAACGCACUUUGAUUUUACCCAAAAGAAAGUAAGCAACAAGAAAAAUAAAUAUAACCAAUAAGACUUAUUUACAUACUGAUUAUGCUUAGUUGGACUUGAAAAGCAGCAUAUUUAAUAAGUUUAAACAA